CCCCCUUUUCCCUUUCUUCCCCUCCAAACAGAUCCUCUCCUAUCCCAAUGCUUUAAUAAGUAUAGACCCCACAGUCUCUAUCCGUCCUUCCUCUCUCCCCCUCUCUCAACCUCACCCUCGCUCUCCGAUCCAUAGGCUGAAAAGUGAACAUGUUCACUGCAUCAUGGCCCGCUCUCUAACACUCCAUUAUCCCCAACCCAUCCUCUCCCAGACCCACCACCACAAACACCAACCUCCGCUCCACCUCAACCCCAAAAUCCCACUCACCCGCCGCUCCCUUCUUCUCCUCUCCUCUUCUUCACUCUCAAUCGCCACCACUACACCACCUGCCUCUCCUGCAACCAUUCUACCACCGCCGCCGCCGCCGCCGCUAGACACCACCAUCACUGACCGCGUCUUCAUGGACUUCAGCCUCUGCCCCACCACAACCUUUCCCUCCGGUACCGACUCCUCCAACGCCCCACUCUGCUCCGAGUCCAUCCCGUUAGGCCGCGUUAUCCUCGGCCUCUAUGGCCACCUCGUCCCCAUCACCGUCACCAAUUUCAAGUCCAUGUGUUCUCCCACCUCCUCCUCCUACAAGAACACCCUUGUCCACAAAAUCUUCCCCGGCCAGUUCUUCCUUGCCGGUCGCCAAGGCCGCCGCGACAAAGCCGAGGUUCGCCCUCCCCUUGACUUGCCUCGUAACACCGAAACCAUCGACUCCAAGGCAUUCAUGCUCACGCAUUCCCGUGCAGGCGUUGUUUCGCUGUGUUUGUCUGAGAAUGAUGACGAGGAUGAAAUCAAGCUCGACCCCAACUAUAGGAAUGUGGAGUUCUUGAUCACCACCGGACCUGGGCCGUGCCCUCAACUCGAUAGCAAGAACAUUAUUUUCGGAACAGUGCUUGAAGGUUUGGAUGUCGUGGCAGCCAUAGCAUCCAUCCCCACAUACAAACCAGGUGAACGGAUUCGCCAAUUCAAUGACUUGGCUGAAUUUUUUGGAGAUGAAAGAGCCCAAAAUGCUCGCUCAAUAUGGAACAGGCCUCUUAAAACUGUAUAUAUCAGUGACUGUGGAGAGCUCAAAGUGGCUAAACCUUCCCUCUCUCCUAGUCUACCUUAAUCUCACUAGUCACUGAUUCAAGGUCCUUCUCGUACCCACUUGUCAAUUUUUCUUGUACUGCCCGUUUCCUAUCAUCCUUUUCUUUUUUUUAAAAAAAGGAGAGCACAGUUCAAUAUUCUUUAAUUUUCUGGAUGCAACUCAUUUACAGAGCCUAUUGAAUGUGUAUGUUCAACAAAGUGCAAUUGUGCACAAACAUCUUUUCAUCUGCAAUCUGAUGCAUUAGCAGUUUCUUUUUGAUCCUCUA